AUGCUUAGCAGCUAAAUUCAAAUUAUUACCUUUACCAGAUAAAAAUUUAGACCCAUUGAUCAAUGUAUAUUCGCAUUAAAUGUUUAAUUGAGCAUAUAGCUGCAAGUGAUUACCAAGAGUGGAUAUAGGUUCAACAACCCAAUAGGACUAGGGCCAAACUUUGAUUAAAAGGGGCAAGGUAUAGAUUGUUUACAUUAGACAGGACUUUCAUUUGUUGAAAUUGGAUCUGGAACCCUAGAAUAACAAAAUCCCCAUAAGUUGAGAACAAAGGUUAUUAGCAUUGAUUUGAAGAAUAGAGAUGUGAAAUAAAUAUUUUAAGGAGUAACUCCAAGCUUGAACUUAAUUGUUAGCAAUCUUGUAAGGAGAUAAACAGCUAUUCGAGAUUAAAAGAUAUCGCCUGUGAUUAACUCUAUAAUUGGUGUGAAUGUUUAGGCCAAUCUAGACACUCAGAGAUCAAUUCCUUAUUUGACUCAUACAGAUUUCACUAAAAACAUUAGAGAGCUAAAUGACCUUUGUGAUUAUGUUGUGCUAAAUUUAACUGAGGAUGCUAAUUCAAAUGGACUUUCAUAAUAUUACAAGAAUGAAAAGGCUCUCGAGAAGUUGAUUUCAGAAUCAGUAAAAGCUAGAAACUCAGAACUUGGUAAAUUAGCAGCUUUGGAAUACGAAUUAGCUGAUUAAGACUUAUAUAGGGAUUAUACCUUCUCUUUAAGAAGAUACUAUUAAAGAAACUCGAUGAUAUCAACACUAAAGCCAAUGAUGAUAUUCCUCUAAAUAUCUUUAAACUAUGUGUAAGAUAAAUAAAAAUUCCUUGCUACUAUAAUAAGCAAAUGCAAAAUUCAUGGUAUUGAUGGAAUAGUACUACAAGAUGACAGUGUCGAAAAUACAAAAAAUUUGAUUAAAAAAUUCAGAGAACUAGAUUCGAAUAAAGACUUAUUGUUAAUUACUUAAACAAAGACAAUGACUGGCUAAUAGCUAUAUGACUAAAUAAAAUUAGGAGCUGACUUAGUUUAGAUUUAUGAUAAAAUAGUCCUUGAUGGGCCUUAUGCUACCAAUGAUUUGCUACAUGAAUUAUAAGAAAUAAUGAGAUUAAAUGGCUUGAAAGAUGUAAAACUGCUCUAUCAAAAAAAUUGA